AUGGAUAGUGAGGGGAGGAAGGUGGUAGUUUGUGACAAUGGCACCGGGUUCGUCAAGUGUGGUUUUGCCGGGUCCAAUUUUCCUGAUCACAUCUUCCCAGCACUUGUGGGACGCCCAAUAAUCCGGUCGUCCACAAAAGUGGGCAAUAUUGAGAUAAAAGUAAGUAUGGGAAACCAGAGACCAGACCUAAUGGUGGGAGAUGAGGCUAGUCAGCUGAGGUCCCUUCUAGAGAUCUCCUACCCCAUGGAGAACGGUAUGGUGAGAUGCUGGGAGGACAUGUUACACCUGUGGGACCACACUUUCGGCCCAGACCGUUUGGACAUCAACCCACCGGACUGUAAGAUUAUGCUGACCGAGCCGCCAAUGAACCCGGUGAAGAAUCGGGAGAAGAUCGCCGAGGUGAUGUUCGAGAAGUACCAGUUCCACAGCAUCUACGUCGCCAUUCAGGCUGUGCUCACGCUCUACGCCCAGGGUUUACUGACGGGGGUAGUUGUCGAUUCGGGAGAUGGCGUGACUCACAUCUGUCCCGUGUAUGAGGGCUUCUCCUUACCCCACCUCACCCGAAGACUGGACAUUGCGGGACGGGACAUCACGCGCUAUCUCAUCAAGCUGUUACUCCUGAGGGGCUACGCCUUUAACCACUCGGCCGACUUUGAGACGGUGCGUAUGCUGAAGGAGAAACUCUGCUUCGUGGGCUACAACAUCGAGCAGGAGCAGAAGCUGGCCAAUGAGACCACUGUGCUGGUGGAGUCUUACACGCUGCCCGACGGGAGGACGAUCAUGGUGGGAGGGGAGCGUUUCGGAGCCCCCGAGGCCCUUUUUCAACCCCACCUCAUUAACGUGGAGGGAGUAGGGGUGGCGGAGCUUCUCUUCAACACCAUCCAGGCGGCUGACAUUGACAUCAGGGCGGACUUCUACAAGCACAUCGUCCUCUCUGGAGGCACUACCAUGUACCCCGGCCUACCUUCCCGUCUGGAGAGAGAGAUUAAACAGCUUUAUCUGGAGAGAGUGCUGAAGGGAGACACCGAAAAACUCUCUAAGUUUAAGAUUCGCAUUGAGGAUCCUCCUCGUCGUAAGCACAUGGUGUUUCUGGGCGGGGCUGUGCUUGCCAACAUAAUGAAAGAUAAAGAAUCCUUCUGGCUCAGCAAAGCUGAGUACCAGGAGAAGGGCCUCAGAGUGCUGGACAAGCUAGGAGGGAAAACUAAGUGACGAAACAGAC